AAAUACCCUUCCGAUUACUCUCAAAGAAAUGAAGAAUCUCCCAAGAAUCAAACCGUUGUCACGUUACUGAGACCUCUCUCUCGUCGCCUCCUCGCUCUGCCGCCGUCGCGUCGUUGUCCCUAUUUGCCUCCACCGCCGGUGAGUUCUCAAUCUUGGAAUAUUGUGGAGUUUGUGGUGUACACAAGAAGGUAUGUGCGGAUGAAUCUUCUUUCAACAUAUUCGUGUGCUGAAAGAUAUGAAUUCCCAAGCAGAAGUAGAGCAAUGGGAAGCUCUUGAUCUGGGUGAUUCUGAACUCCCGUCCUUUCUCCGCCCUUGCAAACGCAAAUCUCCGUCGAGGUCUCUGCAACCGCCUGCGCAACAACAUAAUCCAAAGGCGGGUUUUAAUAGUAACACAAAUCACCGUCAGACUCUUAGGCGCUGCUCCUCGCCGGAUCAUUUUCUUGAGGAGAGUUAUUCCCGCUCCUUAAUUCCAGGACCUGCUGGAGUUGUUCAAGUUGCAAUCCGCAGGAAGAUGAAUAAGGAUCCAAAAUCGUUUAAUGAGCACGGAGAACCAAUUCCAACUCAAGAGUUCCUACGUAAGGCUGCGGAAGAGCCUGAUUGGGAAGACAAGGAUUUCUCUGAUGACCCGUGGGUCUCUGCUGUUGAUUACAUCAGAAGUGAAGGUUUGUUGAGCAAUGGUGGAAAUGCUAUAGGGACACCAGUGAGCGAGAUUAAGAGCAGAUGUGACAGCUGGGGUAGAGUUGAUCAGGUCGUGGCUAUUGUCAAAACUUUCACUCCAAAUGGUCUAGGUGAUGUCAUGGUGACCCUUAAGGAUCCCACUGGAACAAUUGAUGCCAGCGUGCACAGAAAAGUUAUCUCCGAGAGUGAGUUUGGAAGAGAUAUAAGAGUUGGUGCAGUGGUGAUACUUAAGCAGAUUGCAGUCUGCGCACCUUGUCGGUCGUCAACUUAUCUUAACAUAACACUGAAGAACAUCUCCAAGGUUAUCACAAAGGAUACUCCUGUUUUACCAAUGCAGAACAAUUCGGAACCGAGUGCCAAGAAUCCUGUUCCUGUGAAUGAAAACGAGGAAUAUUUGCGACUGCAACCCAAAGCGUUUAUUGUGGAGCAAGGAACUACUCAAGGAAUUAUGAACAAUCUCAGACAAAAUGUGAAAGGAAACAGUGAAGCACUCAAUGAUGUAGAAAUGGUAGACAUUAAUCCAGCAGAGGGAAGUAACUUCUGUCCAAAAAAGGAUGUGACCAAGAAUCAGUGUGAAGUUAGAAUGGAGCAGACUCUCUUGGGAAAACAUGAUUUAAUCAGCCAAUCAGAGCAGCAACUAUGUCAAGAUGUAGCUACUGAGACUGAUACAGCUGAUGGCAUUAGACCCGCGAAACAGAUCAGAAGAAGUCGUGAACCACACAUUGAUGAGCAAGAGAAUAUAAUGGGGAACUCUGAUGAAGUUACAACUCGAACUACGGUCCACAAAUCUCAAUUGAUGGCGUCAACAAUCUCGUUGCCACAGUGGACGGACGAGCAACUUGAAGAACUCUUUGCUUUUGACUGAAAAAGACAGUUUGGAUUUCUUUUGAUUUCGGAACAAUUUCACUUAUCUAGAUAGAGAGCAAUGAAAUAGAAUGUAAAGC